AGAUUUUUAAUUUUUUUUUUUAAAUUGCCAUUGAACGUAAACCAUCAACAAAUUCAGUGAAAUGAAAAAUUAAAUCAGCGCAAUCAUAACCAGUGGAAAAUGCAAAAAAACAAGACAAGAAAAAUGGGAUUCCAAUAAGAAAAGCAAAAUUGAAAAAAGUGAACGCAAAAAAAAAACGGAAAAUAAAUAGAAUGUUUUUAAAACUAUGCUGUAAAAUGUUGAAAAUUAAACAUCGUUAUCUAGUGUCCUAGACUCUCGCUAUUCUUGGAUAAUAAAGAAUUUUGUUUCACUAACAAAACUUGAAAAAAAUCCAUCGAUGUCUGGCAUUGAAUAUAAAAGACGACCUGUAACGCAAUUUCAAGAAAAUAAAACAAAAUAUUUAGAAAAAUUAACCAAAAGACGGAAUCUCCUCGACCCAAUCAGUUCACAGCAAGUGUCGUCUUCCAGUGAUAUCUUUCCACCACCUCUUCAAGGCCAAAGAGUGCUAAAAGCCCAAUACCAUAACUCAAGGAUCUCAACUGAAUUUCCAAGUGCACUUAGCUAACAUUUUCUAAAUACACAUACACAUACACAUCAUCAUCACCCUUUCCCACCGUGUCCAUUGAGCAGAGCAUUCACACAAUGGCCAACAACAAUUUGCAACAAUUUCGCCUACCUCCUCCACCCCAAGAAAUGGCGGCCCUCUACAACAAUUUACCUCAACAUUUUGAAAAUCUUUUCUUGAACGGCAAUUUUGCUGACGAUGACGAGCGUGAAAAUAACAACAACCGCAACAUUUCCUGUUGGGUAUUCGGUUACGGUUCACUGUGCUGGUAUCCCGGUUUUGAAUAUGACAAAUGUAUUACCGGUUAUAUAAGAGGCUAUAAUCGACGUUUUUGGCAGGGCAAUACAACGCAUCGCGGUACAGCGGAUAAGCCUGGACGUGUUGCUACUUUGGUAGAAGACAAAGAGGGUAUCACAUGGGGCUGUGCUUAUAGAAUAUGUGGACAAACAGCCUUGGAUUAUUUAAAGCAACGAGAAUGUACAUUAGGUGGCUAUACAACAGUCGAUACAAAAUUCUAUCCCCGCAUUGCAUCAUACGAUGCAGCAUUUGGUGGUGAAGCCCUGCCGGUUCUGGUCUAUGUCGCCAACAAGGAUAGUGAACAUUGGUUGGGUGAGGACGAACUGGAAAAUGUUGCCAAACAAAUUGUCGAGUGUAAGGGACCCAGUGGUCAUAAUGCUGAAUAUUUGCUUAGACUUGCCACUUUUAUGCACGAAGAAAUUCCCGAAAUAUGGGAUGAGCAUUUAUUCCAAUUGGAGACACUAGUCUUGAGUGAGCUGCGCAAACGUAACAUACCAUUGUGGACGGUGAUGGGUAUGAAUCGUGAUCGGAUACGUCGUGAUUCACAUGAAGAAAUACGACGACCACCUAGUUUUGAAUUUACAUCGCGAGUGCCGGAACGUAAACUACGUUGUUUGAAUAUUUAGGCGGGAAGAGAAAACCCAAAAAGGAGAGAAAAAAAGAAUAUCAAGCGGGCACGUCUUACAGUAAACAAAAUAUCGCUGGACAAGGCAUGUUUUAAGUUUUUCGGCUUAGUAUUAACUGUUCUAUCUGAGGCUGAAAUCCAUUCAAAAUGCUUACGAUAUUUUCCAAGUUGUUUUGAUGCCUGGUAGCAUAACAUUAAAAAUCAAUCAUAUAACUAAAAUUAUUUCAAUUUUGAAACAAAUUGUUUCUCAGAAACUUCAAAAAAGAAAAUUCUUUGUAUGAUAUUGGAAUGUAACCUAAUAAAACCUAGUUAUAGGUAAUAGAUUUAUUUGGAAAGUAAAUUUACAUUAACAAAAUAACACUUUUUCUAAAUCACAUAAAAAAUGCUUUAUUAAUUUGUAAGCUAGAAUAACUAAUACAAGACAAACGCAACAAUCCAAAAACAAUAUUUGUUCAAAUAUUGUAAUAGGUUUAUAAAGAAUAUU